AUGGAGCAAGCGAGCAACGAGGUACCACCGGUGCCCGACGAGGAUGACGGAGACCUCGACUCCAGGCCCGGAGAAGCGGGGAAUCGGCCAGCAACGACCGACGACCGGGCCGAGUACGAAGAGUUCCAGCGAUGGCUUCGACUUCGAGAUCGUCGUGGUGGAUGGCAAGAUCGGAGAUCGCCUGCCGGCAGAAGGCGAGACUAUGACGAUGAUGAUGACGACGGCGGAAGUGAAUUCCGCACCAAUGCCGGUCCACCACCGGCCUGGGACGGCAGUGAAUGCCCCUUCGAGGACUACCUGAUCAGGGCUCGGAUCUGGAUUAGUACGACGAAAGCUCAGGCAAGGACACGCGGGCCAUUGCUCCUUAAGUCCCUGAGCUCUACGCCUUUCCAGGACUUCAAGCAUUUGGCGAAGGACCCUGCUUGGCUGUCAAAUCCAGAUAAUGCGGAAGUUCUUCUGAAGAAGAUGGACUCCCCUGAGUUCUACGGCGACGAUCAGGACGAACACCUCCUCGCCUCCUUGGCUCGGGUGACUUAUCACCUGAAGAGGCAGCGGAAUGAAACAGCCCGCCAGUUUCUUGGUCGCUGGGAGGCUGCGGAACGCAAGGUUCAAGAACACAAGGUCCUGCUUCCCUCCCUGUACCGUGGCUUCCUGAUGAUCAACGCUCUGGGGCUCAGCGACCCAGAGAUCAAGACGUUGUUGACCUUCACGCACGGCUCGAUCGAACCGAAGGACAUCAAGACCUGGCUUCGCAAGCACGAGACGAAGCUUCAGGCCGGACAGAUCGGCAAUGAUCUUGGUACCAAGGCCAAGGGUGUGGCCGGGGUUCACAUGAUGGAUCAGGAAGAGCCUGGGGUGGCGACCGAGGACUACGACGACGAUGAGAUCGGUGCCAUGGAGGCCAUGCUCGCCGAUCUCGAGGAGGAGGAAGCGGCCCCGGAAGAUGCCGGGGUGUUCAACGAAGAUGAAGCGGCCGAGAUCUUGGCAAUUAUGAUAAAGGAGAAGCGGAAGACCUACACGCAGUCGGCCCAGAUCAAGAAAGACAAGGAGUUGGGCCGCGGCUACAGGUCCGGAGGAGGACACCCGGGAGCUCGAGACCGGCAAGGCCCGAUCAGACCGGGAACGUACAAGUUGUCGAUCGCGGAGCUCAAGCAGCGCACAAAGUGCAAGCGGUGCGGCAAGAUUGGCCAUUGGCACCGAGAGUGCCCACAGCCAGCGCCGGCUUCUGGGUCCAAGGAGACCCACUUGCUUGAGGUGGAGAUCGACUCAUAUGACGACGCCCUCUUCUGUCACUUCCUGGAGGUCGAAUCCGCCGAGACCCCCAUCGAAGGUGAUCAAAUCGACCCCGAUCACCAGCAUAGGAGCAUUGAGCCACAGGGCUGCGGCAAAGGCCGUGAUGAUUUUGAGAUGAAGCUCUUUCGUCCCGAGCUCGUUUACAUGCCCGGGAGGGUCUACGAUGUGUGGUUCAGUGAGUUUGAUCGCUAUGAAGAUGACGCUUGUGCCACAAUUGACACCGGUUGCCAGAGGACUCAGUUGCCUCAGCUUUUUCUCCUGCGUGUUCGCUGUCCCAACAUGGAUUGCGCCUCGCCGACCAACAAGCGCGCCCGCGAGCAGUCGCGGCCGACCAGGGUGAAUGUCAUCUACCUGUGUUGGCAGCGAGUUAUCAUGAAAGUGGCCGUUCUUGCGACCGGUGGCCCGCAUGGCCGUGAGCAUGAGCUUCGCGACGACCUGAACGAAGUCCUGAACCAGCACCAGAGCGAAGAGUUCAAGAUGUUCAUGCAGUACCGGGAGUGGAAGAAAUCGAAGAGCUCUGCCGGAAGCAGCAAGGAUGGCAGCUUCAUGAUGGUACGCCCAGCGGACGACGACGACAACCACAGCCAGGUGACGUUCGAGUCGGGCUACACCCACUUCAACACGAGGACCGGGAGCCGCGGGAGACGCUUAUCGACACCAUCGCCGAGCAGCCAGCCAAGGGGUCCGCCUCCACCUUUGCCGGUGAACCAACCGGUGACCAUGUCAAUGUCAUCGUCGAGCAAGGGUCGCUCGAACAAGAACAAGUUCAGCCCAGCCAGCGACACGGCCACGAACGUGGCCCCGGAACGCAAGACCGACUACGAGGAGAAGGACCAGAAGCAGCUGGAGCGGGAAGCGAACCUUGUGGUGACCGACAAGAAGGUUCAACAAGAGAUCUUCACGGCGACCUUCAACGUACUAUGGCGGGACAUCCCAACAUGCCAGUGCAACCUGGCCUGCAAGGUCGAACUGAGUGCGACCACUCAGAAUCCCAACCGGGUGUUCUUCAACUGCCCGCACACCGACCCCAAGCAUCAGUGCGGCGCCUUCGCUUGGGCUCCGGUCCAACCACUUCUCGACGAGGAGUAUGCCGAGACUCGACAACGAGUUUGCCGAGGAUUCCCGAGGAGCCUAACGGCUCGCGAGAGCUUGGUCCGUGUGCUUCAGGAUCUGUGCCCCCACCACUCGGUGGUGGCGAGCGGGAGCAAUGCUUUUGUUCGUCGGACCCGCUGCCGAGCAUGCCAAAAGGUGAUCUCCAUCGAGCACAAGAACAGCGGACCGACCGAGGUGAAGAACAGCGGACCGACCGAGAUGAAGAACAGCAGCGACACGGAGAGCUUCAAUCCCGAGGACUACCAAGCGUUCUUGCAAUGGAAGAGAGAUCGUUGGAAGGCUGCGUUUGAUGUGCUCAGACUGGACCUGGAAGGAUCCAGUCCGAAGCGUGACGGCUCUGAGCCGUUGAGUUUUUGCGACAAAAAGAAGAUGAGUUGUGCGCUGAAUCUGUCAGACCGAGCUUUGAAGCAGUACCUAUCACAUGGAGAUUCGGUAGCCUGUGCGGACAUGUCAACUCUGGUAUGCCCCUCCACUGUGCAAGAGUUCCUGCAGUUGUAUCGCCAGGCCCACGAUUUGUCAGCGAGAUGCAUGAUUGUGUGUGACAAACAUGGUAGGAUCACGAGGGACAUGCAGUAUCAGCGCGUUGUGCAACAGUGCCUGCAACAUGCGAGUAAGACGCAGAAGUUUGUCAUUUUGAUCGCUCCGGACCUUAGAGCUUUAACUGGCCUCAGCUGUGAUCACGGAUGGCAACAGGUUCAAGGGAAAUGCUGGCACAUGAUGUGCCGCUGGCCACUGACUCCAAGUGGAGUCUCUGAGUGGCUUGUGACCCACGAAGGCUCAUGUGAAGAAGUCGUGGCGGAACUUAGGAAACAUGUUGCCACUUACUGUCGUGUGCCAUGGUCGCGAGUUCAAGUACACGAAGUGAACGAGCUACAGGCAGAAGCGGACCCGCGGAACCCGAACCUCGACACGAUUCCCCCGGAGAUGAUGGUCGAGAGGGUCCAGCAGAAGGACUACCUGACCAAGCAGAGCCAGAACCUCUACACGAUUCCGCCGGAGAUGAUCGACGAGAGGGUCCUCUUUUACCAGAAGAAGAAGAACCCGAUGUACCAGGAGCAGGCGCCGGAGCCGAUGAACGUGAUCUACCUGGGACUAGGAAACGGACUCUCAAGCAACUGGAUCCUCAAAGCUGCCAAGGCGACGGAGGAGGUGGUUGACAUUGCCCGGAAGAUGAAAUGCAGCGUCUGCGAGAAGUUCGCUGUGGUCCGACCGCCGAGAAAGGCUGCACCGCCCCGCGAGUACGGCAUCAACGAGGUCAUAGGAAUGGACACGGUGUGGCUCCCGACCGUUGGCCAAAAGAAGAAGCGUGUGGCCCUGAACAUCAUCGACUACUCGAGCCACUUCCAGAUGAUGAUCCCCCUACGGGGCAGAAGUCCAGAAGCUGCUUGGGCAGCCUAUCGACAAUGGGUCAAGUUCUUCGGUCCUCCCAAACAGAUCCUGGCGGACCAAGGCAGCGAGUUCAAGGGAUCCUUCAAAGUGCGGACGGCUCAAGAAGGAACCCGAAUGGACCCGAGCAGCUUAGAAGCGCCAACUCAGCGAGGACUUGCGGAACGCCAUGGAAAAACUUUCAAGCUGAUCCUGGAGAAGACGAUGGCGGACUAUAACUGCACGACCUACGGCGAGUGGCUGGAGCUGGUGGAUGUAACCAUGAUGGUUAAGAACCGGCUAGCCUCACGCGGGGGCUUUUCUCCUAUACAACGAGUACUUGGUUAUCUUCCUCGUCUACCCGGCGGGCUUCUUUCUGGAGGGCAAGAUGACGCGGAGAUGGGCAGUCAGCCCAAACUUGGCGAUGCAGGCCUGGCUCGGGCCAUGGAGAUCCGAAAGGCGGCUGCCAAGGCCUUCUUUGAGGUGGACUCGGACCAGGCGUUGCGUAACGUCCUGGCAGGUGGGCCCAGGCCUCAGUUCGACUAUGUGACCGGACAGAUGGUCGGGCACUCCAAGAAGGGCGAUCGACCGCACCAAAGAUGGCACGGUCCCGCGAGGGUCAUUAUGACGGACUACCCCAGUACGAUCUGGCUGAGCUACCAAGGCAGCAUCGUAAAAGCGGCCCCUGAAAGGAUCCGCCCGGGAAGUGAGGAAGAGAAUCUCACGAUCUCGGGAUGGCUGAAUGGCCUAACCAAUGCCAAGGCGGACUUUGAACGAGAACCCCGACGAGGCUACAUUGACCUCAGCGACGAGCCUGUGCCCGAUGAGAUCGAGGACCUCGACGAGGACGACGAGGAGAAGGAGGUUCCCGAACUACCUGGACACCCAGUGUUACGGCGACUUCGCCGUAAGACGGACCUACGAGUUCACGAAGGAGAUGAAAGAGAUGCCGAGCCGGACGAAAUCAUGCCAGACAUUGCUGCCUCCGAGACACCACAGUUGGAAGCGGCGGAUGGCGAAGCACGCCCUGAGGCAACCGUAGAGACCGGUGUGCCUGCUACGCCGGACGAGGACGACGAAGGAGAUGAAGAAGUUGAGCCCCCACCAAAGAGGACACGCGUACAGAUGUUGGAGGCCUACUACGCAAAGCUCGAGACCCUGUUCAAGACCCGACAGCGGAAAGAAGUCAAACUUCGCGAGCUUAACAAGCUGGACUUACAAUGCUUCUUGAAGGCUACUGAGCGCGAGGUGAACAACAACCUGGAGACCGGUGCGUACGAGAAGUUGGACGCCGAGACCAGCGAGACCAUACGCCGGACCAAGCCGGACCGGAUCAUGGAGUCUCGCUAUGUCAGGACCAUCAAGCCCCUGGAGCCAGGAGACAUCGACAAGGCCGCUAUGGACGGCACCCUUUUGUCGGAGGCCCACGGCGGGCCCUGUAAAGCCAAAGUCCGACAUGUUAUGAAAGGCUUCUCUGAAGAAGGAGCCGAAGAUCUAGACUCAGCAACGCCACAAGUGACGCGAGAAGGAGUCAUGUUCACUACUCAGGUGAUUGCCAGUAAGAGGUGGGAUUUGGGCUUUUUGGACUUCACUCAGGCCUUCCACUCAGGAGACCCAAUUCAGAGGGAGUUGUAUGCUGAGCAACCACCCGAAGGAGUGCCAGGGAUGCAGAAGGGUGAUCUGUUGAAGCUGCUUAAGACUUGCUACGGGUUGCUGGAUGGGCCGAUGGCGUGGUUUCGACAUCUUCGGAAAGUGUUGCUUGAGGAAAUGGGUUACAUUCAGAGCUUAGCAGACCCGUGCAUUUACUUUCUUCAUGAUUCCAAGAAGACUGGAUGGGACCGGUUGAUUGGGAUUGUUUCUGUAGCGACCGAUGAUCUGCUGCAUGGAGGUGGCCCAGAGCACAAAAGACUCAUGGAACAGUUGAACAAGAAGUACAAGCUAGGUAAGUUCCAGUAUGGCAGUGGUAGGUUUACCGGGAAGCAGUUUACCCCCCAACCUGACGGAAGCAUCGUGAUAGACCAAAAUCACUAUGUUCAGGAAAAGGUCCAUAAGAUCGUGUUGUCAAAACAGCGGAAGGCCCAGCGGUACUCUAGAUGCAACGAAGAAGAAAUCGCCCAAAUGAGGUCAUUGGUAGGUGCGUUGUCCUGGCUAGCGAAGGAAACCAGACCUGACCUUAGUGGCCGAGUUUCCCUGUUGCAACAACAGUUCCCAAAACCUCGAAUAGGCGACAUUCUCAAGGCCAAUCAGCUUGCCAAUGAAGCCGAAAAGUUUCCCGUAGGAAUCCGUGUUACUCCUAUCCCCAUUCAGCGGUUGCGAGUGAGUGCGGUUUCGGAUGCUUCAUGGGGAAAUGCGGAAGAUGGCGAGGCACCUGAAAACGAGACCCUCGAUUUCUGGACCGAGACCCCAGAGCUGUGGAUUCGGCACCACGUUAAGCCCCGUCGGACUCUGUUUCAUCCUGGCAUGACUGACAACGGACCUGAUCUACAUGGCCUUAAACCCGAACGCAUCACCCGGAUGCGUCAGGAUGGCAGUGAGCAUGAGAAGACCGACACCUGGAAUCAACCCCGUCUAGGCAUUGUUCAAGGUGAAGCCUGGACUGGACAGACCGUGUUCCAGAAGUGCGAGGCUGGGAUCCGACAUCAAGACAUUUCAGAGGGUUUCAUUCAGAACAGGAGGAUGCAGAGCCAAGGGGGACAUCUGAUCAUCUUUCACGAUCAGAACCUUCAGUUUGAGCCUUCGGCAAUGAUCUCGAUCACAAGUUGGAAAAGCUACAGGUUGAAACGCAAAGUUGUCAACACUCUGGCAGCGGAAUGCCAGGCUCUUGUGAACGGUAUUGGAAACGUUCAUUGGCACCGGUUUCUGAUGAUGGAAGCUCAAGGUGAUGCGUGUCACAGUUCGGACUGGGAGGGUCCCCUGACGAAGAUCCCCUAUCUGGCGGUUACCGAUUCGAAAUCUUUGUUCGACGCGCUGUCGAAACAGACCUGCCCCUACAGUCAGAUCGAAGACAAACGUACGGCGAUCGACAUUUCCAUCGUUAAACAUGAACUCUCGAAGGGAGGAACUGUUCGCUGGAUUGAUGGUCGAAAUAUGAUCUCUGAUUCGCUGACCAAAAGCACCGGUGGCAAUUAUCUGAGAUAUGUGAUGACGAACGGCCGGUGGCUGGUUGCGUGGCAGCCCUUCGUCAACUGUUUUGCAGCGGCGAUGCAGACAUCUAAUCGCCUCUUGAAGAAACGCACCCGGGACCGUUUUCUGCAGCUGUCUGCAGCCAACGAAGACUGCGGAGUUCUUGAAGCCAGUGCAUCAGCACGUCAGCGUCUGCGACCACUUUCUCCAAACGACUUGCAGCGUCCGCCAGGCUGA